UCGUGCGCGGUGACGUCGCGGCAGAACGCCUCGCAGCUGCAUUGUUGUUGGGGUAAGAGAAGCUCGGGCUGCCGCUGAGGACUGCUACUUCAAACCUCCUCUCUGCGCUUUCCUGCAGAUCAAUACACCUCUCAAAUACUGUAUAGCACAUCAGACCGAGCCCUCAGCCCUGGAUGACCGCCGGUCUCUGUCGGGAUCUGUCCGGUUCUGCGCCUGCCGCGGCCGCCUUUGGAGGAGCUGACUGAAUGUGGAAUUAAGUGCUGCUGUGCUCCACAGGCCGCGCCGCCAUUGCUCCUGUUUUAAAAGGCCGAAAUCUUAAAUAUACACAGGGUCUACACAGUUCAAGAUGCGGAAAAAGGGUCGAAACCAGCGCACGUCGGUUCUCAAGCGCGAGUCAUCCCCCAUCAAGCCCUCGCCCAAUCGGGAGACUCUGACCUAUGCCCAAGCCCAGAGGAUGGUGGAACUGGAGGUGGAUGGGCGCGUCCACCGCAUCAGCAUCUAUGACAAGCUGGAUGUGAUCACUGAUGACGACCCCACGGCGCAGGAAAUCAUGGAGUGCAACAGUAACAAGGAGAACCAUGAAAAACCUCAGCAAGUUUUGGUCCGCUCAGUACGUCUCAAAAACAACCAGCAAAAGAAGAAUGCAGCUCUGGUGGCUUCCCAGGCGCCCACACACGCAAACAACAGUGGUUUACUUGAGCCGAAAUUCAGGACUGUAGAAUAUAAUCUCCCCGUGGUGCCCAAGAGACCACCAGCAUAUUAUAAGUAUACAGAAAUGACCGAGGAGGAGCUGGACGAGGAGGUGGAGUAUGACAUGGACGAGGAAGACUACGCCUGGCUGGACCUCAUGAAUGAGAAACGGAAAAGCGAAGGUGCCAGUCAUGUGUCACACAACCUGUUUGAGUUCCUCAUGGACCGUUUUGAGAAGGAGUCCCACAUGGCCACACAGGGUCAGAGUGAUCACCAGUCUCUUGUGGACGAAGAUGCGGUGUGCUGCAUUUGCAUGGAUGGCGAUGGGGCAGACAGCAACGUCAUCCUCUUCUGCGAUUUGUGCAACAUCGCUGUGCAUCAGGAGUGUUAUGGCGUCCCCUACAUCCCCGAAGGACAGUGGCUGUGUCGUCAUUGCCUGCAGUGCCCUUCUCGCCCGGCCGAAUGUGUUUUCUGUCCCAACCGAGGAGGCGCACUAAAGAGGACCGACGACGAUCGCUGGGGACAUGUGGCAUGUGCAAUCUGGGUGCCUGAAGUAGGUUUUUCUGAUACUGUUUUUAUCGAGCCCAUCGACGGAGUGCGUAAUAUCCCACCGGCGCGUUGGAAGCUCACCUGUUACCUUUGUAAAGAGAAAGGCGUAGGCGCGUGUAUACAAUGUGACAAAAUGAACUGUUACACAGCUUUCCACGUCAGCUGUGCACAGAAGGCAGGGCUAUUUAUGAAAAUUGAGCCUUUGAAGGAGGAGUCACCAUCUGGAGCGACCACUUUCUCUGUGAAGAAGACUGCUUACUGCUGUGCCCAUACGCCUGGUGGGUGCGACAGGAGGGCACUGAACAUCUACGAGGAAGCACACAGGAAAAAUGGAGCUUGUCAAAAGAGAAGCGAGAAGAGGAAGGCCCGCUCUAAAGUGUGGCAUCGGAAGAAGACCAGGAAAGUAGAGCCCGAGCCAAUAGUAGAACCAGAGAUGCCACCAAACAACGGGCCCAGUAUCACUGCGUCAAGUUUGAACACCAUCCUGAACCAGGUGUCUGUGCAAAGGAAGCGUCCAUUUGUGGAGCGGGUGCUGAGUUACUGGGUACUAAAGAGACAGUCGAGAAACAACGUGCCUCUGAUUCGAAGACUGCAGGCCAACCCACAGACACCUAAAACAAAACAGGAGAGUCGUGCCGAGGCAAACCAAGCUCUAAAGGAGCAGCUAAAAGAGUGGCAUCGCCUUCGCCACGACCUUGAGAGAGCUAGGCUAUUGUUAGAGCUAAUCAGAAAGAGGGAAAAACUCAAGAGAGAAGAGAUGAAAUUGCAGCAGUCUGUCCUGGAGAUGCAGUUGACCCCAUUCAACAUCCUGCUGAGAGCUGUGCUCCGGCAGCUCCAGGAAAAGGACCACUACAGUAUUUUCGCUCAGCCAGUCAGCGUCAAGGAGGUGCCGGACUACCUGGACAUUAUCAAGAACCCCAUGGACUACUCCACGAUGAGGAAACGCAUCGAUGACCACGUGUACAGGAAUCUGGAUGAGUUUGAGGCGGACUUUAACCUCAUCAUCGCCAAUUGUUUGACCUACAAUGCCAAGGACACGUUCUUCUACAAGGCAGCUCUCCGCAUGCAGGACCAUGGGGGGGCCAUCCUGAGGCGAGCCCGCAGAGAGGUGGACCGCAUCGGCUUCGACUUCCCCAGCGGGAUCCACCUGCCUGAGCCCCCUAAACAGGAGGAAACGCCCCCUUUCACCUGGGACGAGGUGGACCAGUUGUUGACCCCCACCUAUCGGCAACGCACCCCUCUGGAGGAGCAGCUGAAGGAGCUGCUGCAGAAGCUGGACUUGAGUCGGGCCAUGAAGCAGAGCCCGUCUCGCAGCAAGAGACUCAAGUUACUGAAGAAGACCAUCACGGAAGUCCGCAGUGAGAUUGGCCUCAAGAAGCCACUCCCCCAGUCCCCCACAGCCCAGGACCCCUCCCCAACACCAGCCCAACCUGAGCUAAAACCACUACCUGAACUCCACGCUGCCACUGCACACGAGGACAAGUUCAUACCUCUGCCCGCACUCUCGCCCACACACUCGCCCCCCAGCUCCGCCCCCUCCGUCACGGUGUCCAAAGCGGACACGGACGAGGACCCCAUGGAGUCGGACGCAUCUACCUCACCGCCGCGGGAUACUCCCAAUGGACACCUCCCCGACGAGCUUCUCCUCAACCUGCAGCCUGAGCUCUCGCCCCGGGGGAACAGACGGACCAAUAUCCUGUUCAGGAAGUCCAAAAGCGUCAGCCCCCACAAGCCCGCCCCUGCAGAGGAGUCCGGAGCACCACUUGCCAAGACCUUCUUGUCUGUGGUCAUCCCUCGCCUGGAGACGCUGCUGCUGCCCAAGAAACGCACGCGCAGCAGCAGCGUUGACACACAUGAAGAGGUGCCCCGGAAAAGGCCCAGCGCAGGGCUCACAAACGGUUUUGUCGUGGAGGAAGAGGAGGAAGGCUUGCUACCUUCUCGGCCUCUGGAGCCACGCAGACGUUGUGCCUCAGAGUCCAGCCUCUCCUCCAGCGAAGUCCUCUGUGGCACCAGCACCACCUCAGUGUCUAAAAGUGGUAAGGGUCGGCCGGCAGCUCGUAGAAGCACUGUGGAUGAUAAAAGCUCCAUCAUAAACUGUGUGGAAAAUGGAGAGUUCGCCAACUCUGCAAAAUUGUCCACAGCUGUGUGGAAGCCUACAGACUCCUCUGCAUUUGUGCUGGAGCCUCUUAAACUAGUUUGGGCUAAGUGUAGUGGAUAUCCCUCGUUCCCUGCGCUGAUAAUGGAGCCACGGGUGCGGAGGGCGGGCUAUCUCCUCCACGGGCUGGACCUGCCCCGGCCACCGCGGGACGUGCUCAGACUCGGAGAGCAGAUGCAGUUCAAGUCCGCCGAGAAACUAUUCCUCGUCCACUUCUUCGACAGCAGACGCAGCUGGCAAUGGCUUCCUAGAUCUAAGAUGGCGCCUUUUGGCAUCCAACCAUCUCUGGACCGCUUGAAGCUGGUAGAAUCGUGUUCUUCGUUCCACAGGAAGGCUGUGCGGCUCGCCUUCAACCGCGCCAUGGACCACCUGAGCCGUGUGUGUGGCAAUCCCAAACAGAGCAACAAAUAAACCAGCUCUCAUAGACUGAAACGCCCCUUCCCCAACUCUUAACAAUACCCACAGCUUUCUUUUCAUCUUCCUUCAGUAAUAUUCUUUUUAUUUUUUUUACACAAUCGCCGCCAACACGCACAAACACUCACCCGUCAUGUUUACCAUUUACCUGUCAACUGGAGCUGGCUUGUUUUUUUUCCAUUUUGUGUAUCUUUGUUGUUCUAUCCACACCACCUCCUUUACAAACACUGUAGCUUCUCAACACAUAUCCCUGUUUUGUCUCAAGAGCUAUGCAACGACUCGGUUAGCGGGUGAAAGAAACGUGAACCAUCCAUCGUGAGCUUUGAUUCGAGCGACUGAAAUCUGUUGAAUGUGUCAGUUUUUGAGUCUGACCUCCUCCAACGUGCUGCAAAAGACUGCUGCAACAAUCCCACUGCCCAUCUUCGUCCAAGCAGCAGCAUCCUGUACAUACUCCAGGCACCCCGACACUAAUUUAUUCCUCUUAAGUUUGCAUUUUUAUAUUUUAGUUUUUUGGUGGUUCAUUGUAUGUUUUGAUACAUUGAACGGGACAAGUGGCUGCUUACGUUGGUGCUAUCUCUGCGAAGAGACAAACUAAAGCCUCGCGUACACCAGGUGUUACGGUACGGUUCAGUCCCAGGUGGUAGUACGGUAUAGGCAGACAUCACUGUGAGAGAGAUGAAAUAAUCAUAUCAGAUUCAUGUUUCUGUAUUUUUAACAAAUUCAAAAAAGUGAUGAGUUGUUUUGUGGUUGUAUAAGUUGUUUUAUAUGCGCUGUAUGGACCCUUCUGCUGCAAUAAAUUGUACAGGAAACAGUUGAGCGACUAAGAAAGUUCAAUAUUUUGCAAAUGGGGUUUUAUGAGAACAAUUAUCCACAUAUAUAACUUGUAAUUGUGUUAUAUAUACACAAACACAAUAGAAGUAUAUUUGAAAAAAAAAACAUUUCAUGUAUUGUUGCAUAUGACUGUUAAUUUAAAAUAUGAGCCUUAAUGAAAAAGAUGCCAUUUUGUGGUAUGUCUCCUUUUGAGUUGUACUCCUUAUAACUAAUGUAUUUUUCUAAAUCGAUGUUUUUGUUUCUUGACCAAGCUGUUGUGUAUAGCUCCAUCAUUGUACUGUCUUCUUGAUCCCAUGCAAAGGCAUAAGGGGUGCCAAAUAUUUAGGACACUUACCUCUGUUACCAUGGAAACAGCAGAGAUCACACCAAAGCUGAACCGUACCGUACCAUUUGGUUAAACCUAGGCCUAAACUAACCUGCAUACUGUUUUUAUCCACCUCUUUUUUACGGUUUUGUAACUUAUUGGCUUCAAGUUCUCUUUGGCAUUAAUUUGUUUUGUGUGAACGCAUCAUUAUUUUUUUACUGUAUGUUUUUACUAGGACAUCACUCAUGCAUUCAUUCGUUUUUUGUUUGUACAUAUUUAUAUAAAGUCUAUAUAGAAAUUUCUAAAAUGCCUGAAGUGCAUAAUUCAUUCGAAACCAAAAAAAUCUGCUGCCCACAAGUUUUCCACUAAUGUGUUUAUUAUUUGAUACCUUUUUUUUUAAGUAAGAAGUGUUCAGCCUUUCUUUUGUGAGUGUGUUGUGUGCUGUGAUAAGUUCAAAUGUCUUCUGUAAAAACGGCCAUCUUUUCUUUACAUGAACGAUGGACAGGAUAGAUCGUGCCUGAAUUAAUUUAUUGUAAAGCAGAAAUUGUUUAUGCAUCACUUUAUAGAGUAUUGUAAAAGUAACUUCGGGCACAGACUGCAGGGGGCGCUCUACGUCUCCUACUAUUGUUUUGUGAGGUUCUUAUUUUUUUAUUUCAAAUGGAUAGCAUUAAUCUGAGCGGUGCGGUGGUAGUGUUUGGUGUUUUAUUUGGUGAGGUAGUCUGAAUGACGUUGUGUGUAAAUACAUUUGGUACUUUAGCUGAUUCUCUGGGAAAAAGACCACAGUAUAGCCAACAGACGCUGGGAUUUUUAUACUAAAACACUGAGAAAUUAAAAUAUGUUAUUGAAUCACUAA